UGGCCGCCGCCACAAAAUUGUUUACCGACAGUGGACCGGCGUUUUCCUUCAAAUCUUGUCGAAAUUUAAUUGUUAUUCAUCGUUUCGAGUGAUAUUUCCAUUGUUUUUUACGCAAAGACCGAUGACCAUGGACGUUGCACCUUGCCACACUGUCUACGUAAAAAACCUGGACGAAUCAGUCAAAAAAGAAGAGCUGAAGAAGUCCCUGUACUACUUAUUUUCCCAAUUCGGCUACAUCAUCGAUAUUGUGGCCCUGAAGACGCCGAAAAUGCGAGGCCAGGCGUUCGUAGUAUUCCAGGACAUCAACAGCGCUUCAAACUCCAUCCGCGGCAUGCAAGGAUUCCUCUUCUACAAAAAGCCGCUGGUGCUGAGUUAUUCUAAAAGAGAAGCAGAGGAAAUCACCAGGAUGAAGGUGUCUAUGCCCUCGAAGAAGUUCCGACAAAUGUACGGCGCCGAUCAGGCUGCAGCUCCAGCUCCGACUCCCAUCGCCCCUGAACCCACUGAUGGGGACACCAAUGGAAAGGAAGUUGAUAUGGAUGUUGAUGCUCCAACGUCGUCAAAGGUGGCAAACCAAAUUCUCUUCCUGAAAAACCUGCCAGAGGAAACCACAUCGAUGAUGCUGUCAAUGCUGUUCAAUCAAUUCCCUGGCUUCAAAGAAGUUCGACUUGUUCCAAACAGACACGACAUCGCGUUUGUCGAGUUUGAAAGCGAGGGUCAAUCAGCCGCUGCCUUGACAGCACUCCAGGGAUUCAAAAUCACCCCUUCAAAUGCUAUGGAAAUAAGUUAUGCUAACAAAUAAGGAUAAUUCUUUUAAUGAUUAAUUUUCUUGUGUGUAAAAUACGAAAUAAGAGGAACAAUAAAACUACUUAAGUCCUAAUUAAAUUGAUUUAUUAUCUGGAAUUCAGUUGCACAAUUUUUACAGCUCUUGAAUCUUUUUAUGAAAAACACCGGUAGAAUAAAUGAAUCAUCCUCUUUUGUGAAGUAUUCGUUUAGCAGUGUCACAUUCAAAGGUCAUUUAUCACCGCGCAGACCAAAAC